AUGCCGGCUACCGCGGGAAGGGUUCGCAUGCCUGCGAACAAUAGGGUUCACAGUAGUGCAGCCCUUCAAACACAUGGCAUAUGGCAAAGUGCUAUUGGCUAUGACCCUUAUGCACCCAAUAAGGAAGACAAGGACACUUCUCAAAGUCAGCCAAGUGCAGAACCUGAUGCAGAGAAUGCAUAUGCCAGCUUCCAAGGGCUUCUCCAGCUUGCUAAGAUAACCAAUGCCGAUGUGGAUGUGUCCCGUGGAGCCUGCAAGAGGUGUGGCCGUGUUGGGCACCUCAAGUUUCAGUGCAAGAACUACGUGAAAAUCAAAGAUGACGAGAAGGACCCUGAAGCAUUGCAGUCUCUGGUUGGAUUGGAUAAGCUGAAGGGUAAGUCUGAGAGGGUGGAUAGGAAAAGCAAUGUAGAGAGCUCAGAAGAGGAGGAAGAGGAUAGCGAGAGUUCAGAUUCUGAGUUUGAUUCAGAGAUUGAGAGGGCUAUUGCUGAAAGGUCAGGGAAGAAAGUUAGUGGGAAGAGAGGUUCUUAUAGAAAGAAGGAGGACUCAGAUGAUGAUGAGUCAGACAAAGAUUCUGACAGGAAGAGGAGAAAGAGAGGCAGAGCAAAGAAGAGGAGUGUUAAGACUAAGAGGGCAGCUAGUGAUUCGGAUGAUUCCGGUGAAAGGAGGAGGAGGAAGAAAAAGAGGGAGCACAGAAGAAGCAGAAGGGACAAGUCUCCGGAUGAUAGUGAUGAACAUAGUCACAAAAAGAGGAAGAGUAGGCAGGAGAAGAGGAGAAGGAGAAGCCGUCUGUCAGAUUCUGAUUCUGAAACAUCUGAGGAUUCCUCUUCACGUCACAAGCGGAAAAGCAAGAAGACACUGUCGUCAUCUGACAAUGAUUCUAGUGAUGGAUAUAAUGAUUCAAGGAAGGGCAGGGAAGUUAAAAAAUCAGAAAAGAGAAGGAGACGCCACCAUGAAGACGAUGAUUAG